AUGAUUUCUUCGUGCUUUCUGCGGACGAAGAGAGACCGCGUGCCGGUGUGCGAGGUGGCGCAGUACCUCAUGGGCGCGCUAACGGUGAACGACGUGGUUUACCCAAUUCCCCCCUCGCCUUCCGCGAUCUUCCUAGCCGAUUCCGCCGCCGCCACCACCGCCACCGCCACCGCAGGAGGACACGGUCCGGACGAGGCUGUCCCUGCGGUCGGCGGGGCCGCUGUCGGCAGCGAGCAGCAGGGGGGGCACGCUUGCGGAGGGGUCACCGUCCCUGCUUUGCCGUGCGCCCCGCUCCUCGUCAACUGCGCCUCCCGCACCACCGUCGUCCACAACGCCGACGCUUCCGGCCCACUGCGAGACCUGCAGGUGAACUGCUGCCAGGAGUCGUACGUCUACGUCCUGUCGGCCGUUAGGUUCGCCACAGUGAUGGGCUGCAAGGACUGCACCGUCGUCAUAGGCGCUGCUGCCGGCAUGGUUCGCGUGGAGGAGUGCGAGCGCAUGCAGCUGGUGACCUGCUGCCGCCGUCUCACGGUGACGAACUCCCUCGAGUGCAUAUUCCCGGUCUUCGUCGCCACACCGCCGGUGCUCUGCGGGGACAACCGAGCUUGCCAGUUCGCCCCCUACAACUCGUGCUACCCGAGACACAAGGCCCACCUGCAGCGCGCCGGUCUGUUGGGAGAGGAGGAAGACGAAGUUCCGGCCAACCUGUGGGGAAACCCUGUGGAGGCGUCGAUGAUGGGCAUGCCCUCGAUGGCUGCAGGCACGCCGACGUCGUCAGCCUCGAGGGCGAAGAGCAGGUCACCGGGCGGCGCGAAGGGCGGCUUGGGAGGUUUGGGCCACGACCUGUCCCCGGCAAUAAUGCCACCCGAACAGUUCUACACGCUGGCGGUACCGGUUCCCCCAGACAGCGCGGGGGACCCCCCGGCGGAAAACCCGUUCGGACUGCCCUCGGAGUACGCCGCUGUCCUGCAAGAGAGGGAAGCGGCCGUAGAGGGCUUGCACCAGGCCAUCGUCGACGCGGAUCUCACGCCCAGGCAGAACCGAGAGCUGGAAGAAUGCAUCCGUGGGCGCUUUACGGAAUGGCUGGUGGCGACGGGGAAUCUCCGACAGGUGCUGGACCUGGUGAGCGUCGCGGAGAAAGCGCGAAGCACAGGCAACGCCACGGCAGCCGUCGCCGCCUCCGCCUUAUCGGAGCAAUCGACCACUCCAACGAAGGCCCAGCAGCAGCAGCAGCAGCAGCCACGAUAAGGGAUGGUGUAUUGUAUCAUCGAUGUGUGAGAACCAGGCAUCAUCGUAAUAGGUUAGGUUUCUAGGUUUUCGGGAGGCUUUUUUCGUGCCGCCGCAGCCGUGUUCUGUGAGGUGAAGCAGGCCGAAGCUCUGCUAGGUAGUUAGGGAGGUCUCUUUUGUUGGUAAGGCUUAAUAUUGGAUUGGUUUGAGCGUUUUUUUUUGGGCGGUUUCAUUGACAUUCGCGCCGGGCACGGCGAGUCGUCGUUGUUUAAGGAAGAGGGAGGGGGGGUGUACAUGAUUGCACACAGCCCUUCCUGCUGUCACCCUUGAUAACCGUGUUUUUUUUUUUUUUGGCUUCCCACUGAGCGAGGUGCGUUGAUUGGGCGUUGGCGAUAUGUCAUGGUACCUUUCCCACCGCCACCACCACCUCCACCCCAGCAUAGCAUAGUGGCAGCUAACGGUAAGAAUGCUUUGGGAGUGUCUAUCCCUUCCUUUGUCGUCGGCCGUUUCCGGGCGGUAACAGCA